UAUCAUCAAUGAACAUUGCAGAAUAGAAUAGAACGAAAGGAACGCGGUCUGAUAAUCAAAUUUGAGCAUCGUGAAGUGGUAUGGGAGGAUCAGAAAGCAGUGGACAAAUGGAAUAUGCCAAAGUGUGUGAAAUGUGAACAGCCAUGGCUUCCAGUCUCCACAGAAUUCAGAAGGGACAGUAUCUCCUGGGGAGGACACUAUUCACUGCUGCAGUAGCGCCUAGGUUGGUGAAAUUCAACACUGUAGAGGUGGUCUCAUCCCCUAGCCUCUCUGAGAUCAGGAAGUUUUUCAAGGACAAUGGAUGCCAAGUUUCAACAGGCUACACAUGCUUAAAGCUGGUAUGUCCUUACUGUGUAGAUCAUGAUGCCGAGGCUGAACGGAGUGCCAAAUCCAAGGAGAAGCAACUAUUUGUGAAUAUGACCACAGGUCAUUGCCAAUGUCAGUGCAGCAGAGUAUGCAGUUCUUGGCCCAACCUUACCGACAGCCUUGCCAUCGCCAGGAGACAGACCAAGAAGAAGAAGAGCGCCCUCAAACUACCCAAGGAGCAGUCAUGUGAUCAAGAUUGGAGGUCACAGGUCAAAGAUGCCGAGGAACUGUGGGAGAAGGGCACCGGGUUGAGUGAGCUGCGGAGUGAUGCAUUUCGAAAUUUGAAGGACAGGUUUGGUGCAGCACCACUCUCUAUAGAAACCUUCGAUAGAUUUCAUGCUAGAGCAGACUCCAAACGCAAAACAUUGAUUCUGCCACAGUAUGGGCCAGAGGGGCAUUACAGGGGAACAGGCUUGGUUGAGAAGUGUAAACAGGACCCGGAUGACGAGGAAGACUUCCAUUCGCAUCGUGUGCAGUCAAAUGUCCUUCCAAGGGAAUUUUCUCCUUGUCUAUUUGGAUACCACCUGAUUCAGCCUCAGCAGACAGAGGUCAUUCUAACUGCCAAUGAACUGGACGCUAUGGCGGACAGUGAGGUGACCGGUCAGACUGCUUUAGCCCUUCCAAGGGGUACAGCUUAUCUUCCACAAGAGGUUUUGCCGCUUCUAGAGCAGUUCCAGAAGAUUGUGCUUUGGUUUGGCAAUGACAUGCGGUCAUGGGAAGCAGCGAAAAGCUUUGGAAGGAAACUCAAUCCCAAAAGGUGUUAUUUCAUCAGACCUCUCGAUGCUCAUCCUGCCCCCUUGCAAGCCCUAACCAAUGGUCUGAGUCUCAAGAAUAUCCUCCGACAAGCCACGCCCAUGAGCCAUAAGUCGAUUGUCUCUUUCCGUUCUCUUAGGGAUGAGGUUCUUGGAGAACUCUCCCAUGCAGAGCAGGUCGCUGGGGUUAAGUGGAAAAGAUAUCCUCUUCUCAACAAGCAUAUGAAGGGACACAGGCGUGGUGAAUUGACCGUCUUCACUGGACCAACAGGGUCUGGCAAGACCACCUUCAUGGCCGAAUAUUCCCUGGAUCUGUGCAUGCAAGGGGUCAAUACACUUUGGGGCAGUUUUGAGAUUCAAAAUGUCCGGCUUGCCAAAAUCAUGCUGACUCAGUUUUCGAUGUGCAAUUUGGAGAAGAACAUUGAUAAGUUUGACCGUUGGGCAGAUAAGUUUGAGCUGCUCCCCUUGCAUUUCAUGACAUUCCAUGGCCAACAGAGUCUCAAGACAGUUAUUGAUGCCAUGGCCCAUUCUGUCUAUGUCCACGACAUCGAGCAUGUGAUCCUUGACAAUCUCCAGUUCAUGGUGGGCGUGUCAGAGCGCCAUCUAUCCGUCGACCGCUUUGCAAUCUAUGACAACAUCAUCGCUGCCUUCAGGAAGUUUGCGACGGAGAACAACUGCCACGUUUCGGUGGUCAUCCACCCAAGGAAGGAGAAGGAAUCAGAUGAGCUCCAGACGGCUUCUAUCUUUGGUAGCGCUAAGGCAAGCCAAGAGGCUGAUAAUGUCCUGAUCUUACAAGACCGUAGGUUUACUGCUCUAAGGGGUAAAAAGUAUAUACAGGUGGUCAAGAAUCGUUUCGAUGGGGACCUGGGUAUCAUUCCGCUGACCUUCAACAAAGAAACACUGACCAUGUCCCCACCGGUCAAGCAGAAGGCCAAACGUCAGACCAAGAAAGAAAAGGAAGGAUCGGAUGCGGAGCGGAAGACGGCGAAGACAGAAGGAGAGGAGUAUGAACUCUUUGAAGGCAUGAUGCUGAAGAGUAAAGAUGAGUCUGAGAUUGGGAUUGGAGAAUGAAACUAACUUUCUUGAAGUGUUUGAUCAAAGUGAUGCUAAACUCAAGAGUUAAAGUGAGUUUUGAGGUUGGGAUCAGCAAGUUAAUCAAAAUCUAUGUUAAAGUUUUUGCUCAAUAAGGUGGAAACUCAAUGAGUGAAGAUGAGUCUCAGAUUUAGAUAGGAGAGUGAAAUUGACCCCUCUUUGAGUGUUUACUCAAUAUAAUUCUAACUAAAGAGUUAAAGUUAGGUUUUAAGUCGAGAUCAGCAAGUUAAACAGAAUCCUUGUUAAGGUUUUUGAUCAAUAUGGUGCUAACUCAAGAGUAAAGAUGAAUCUGAUAUAAGUCGAACUCAAGAGUUAAAAUGAGUUUUAGAUUGGGAUCAAUGAGUGAAACUGACUCAUCUUUAAAGUGUUUGCUCAUGGUGCUAACUCAAGAGUAAAGAUGAGUCUGAUAUUGAGAUCGUUGAGUGAAACUGACUCCUUGUUAAAGUGGAUGCUCACUAUGGUGCUUAACUCAGAGGAGGCAUGAGCCUUAAAUUGGGAACGACAAGUGAAACCCCUUAAUGAGUGAAACAGACUUGUCUUUAAAGUGUUUGCUCAAUGGUGCCAACUCAAGAGUAACAACAAGUUUGAGGUUGAGGUCCAUGAGUGAAACCGACUCCUUAUUAAAUUGUUUACUCAAUAUCAUGCUAACUCAAAGAGUUAGAAUGAGUUUCAGAUUAGGAUUGAGUGAGCAUUAGGUGAUGCUAAACUCAGAGUACAGACAAAUCUGAGAUUGGGAUGGGAGGAGAAUCUGGCCCUUCAUUGAAGUGUUUGCUCAAUAUGGUACAAAACAAAAGAAUUGAAAAUGAACCUGAGAUCAAAAUUAGGGGUUUAGUUAGCUCCUGCAAUCAGUGUUCCUUUGUGAUGACAAAACAACCUCUGUUUCGGGUCAGUUAAAGCACAUCUAUGGUUGCUGCUGAAGAGUGUAAAUGGCAUUGAGUUUGGCUAGUGAAAUUGCCCCCCCUUUUUUCAGUGUUUGUUUGAUACGACAAUGUAAAGGGAAAGGGAAGGCGGUGGAAGGAGGAGGGGGAGGAGGAGGAGUAGGUAUUCUAAUAAAGACAAAAUUACCUUGAACUUUUUACAAAUAGUACUUUUGUUAACUUUUAAAAGAGGUAAUUUUCUUAGCUGGGGUGUUUUGUUUUUAAAAACUUCCCAAACAGAAGAAAAAAUAAAAACUUUCUAGGACUAUUGUUUGAGCUUACUAACCAAAACUUUUUAUCAUAAUUCACAUUUGAAAUUAUGGUAAAUUCCAUGGCUUUAAUCUUCAUUUUCAAAAAGUCAGAGCUCCAUGUUUCACGCAAGUAUCUUGUAGACAUUGUGGAACACAGUAUAGCUGCUGUGAAAGAUGAUGUGUUAUCAUGUGCUUCAGUUUGAUAUGCCAAAAAUAUUGUGUAAUCUCAUUUAGACUUGUACAAUGUAUUCUAUUUAAAUAAUUGUAUUACAGUACAUUGCAGAAAUAUGAUAAGGCCUAGGAAAUAAGUUUUGUUGCCCUUAUAUGUCGACCAUAAAAUGUGAAAAAAAAGGGUCGUUAAGUUGAAUUUCAGCAUAUAUGAAAAUACAAAUAUUUUUUUCUCUUUGCCUUUUCCUUGAGGAUUUAUUGUUUCAAAAUAUUUACAUAUGUACAUAUUUACGAAGGAAUAACUCUUUUUUUAAGAGUCAAAUGACAUGAUAUUUAUAAAAGGAAUUACAAUAUAUCAAUGAUUUUCUUGACCUCUAAUACACAAAAUUGUUUAGAUCCAUAAUGAUUUAAUAAAAUUUAAAAUAUGAAACAAAUUCCGUGAUCAAUCACUUAUUGCUUUGAUUUAGAUUUUGAAGGUUGCAUUUUACAUAAUGAUUAUAAACUAUACAAAUGCAAAGUUUUUGUGAGAAAAUGUCAGAUUUUUGGGAGAAGAAUUAGCUCCAAUUUGUAUCCAAUGACAUCGAAAGCACAUUAAUUUGCAUUUUAACAUAUAUGCCAGCAUAUGUAAAUCAUUCAAUGCAUUAUUCUUUGUGCAGGUAAGGUAUGGAAAAAAAAAGGGAAGUGACCCAACUUUCUGAUUUUGGGCUUAUGAGGGCGACAACAAUUUGUUUUGUAAGGCCUACUAAACAUCAAAAUAGAAUUCCCCUAAUAUUCAAAAUCACAAUGGCAUUGCUGAACGUGUUCCCAACACUUAUAUACAACUGUUGUGUCAAAAUUAAUGUCAGAAGAAUUGUGAGUUGUAUAAUGGUACCCACCAUUAUUAGGCAACGAUCUGAACGUGAGUGCAAAUAGAAUCAAAUAAAAUGACCACCAAAUUUUUGUAUGUAUGAAUAUAUAAAAAAGCAUAUGCCGAAUGGCUGUGGAAGAAAAUAUGUGAUUGAGAAAUUUGCAAAAUAAGCACAGAAUUCCAUCUAUUGUCAGGUAUUUUUUUAUAGCAAUAAUAGUACUUUGUGUUACAUAUACUUUUCCGUGUUGGUGAUCAUAAAUGCUGUUGGUUUUCAGCUAAGAUUUCAUGAUUUCACAAAGACGAGUAUAUACAUGUUCAUAACCAGAUUUAGAUCUAUGAUAAUAGGGUGACCAUGAAUCUUGAUUGUAAAGACUUUCUCAGGUAAUUAUAGUUUGCUGCAACUUCAUUCUGUUAGGCCUUUAAUUGAUAUAAUUGACCAUUUGGCUUUUAAAACACUGUCCGCUCCUGUCUGACCCAAAUGAUCACAAUUGUGAUUUCAUUCUCAGCUGAAUCUUGUGACUUUGGUACUAAAGGGGAUUUCCAGGGGCGCUCUGACUCUUUUUUGUGUUAUGUCUAGUUCCAUGAAUUUGUUAUUUUGUUGUGUUAAUGGAUGUGCUCGCUAUCAUGUCACCUAUAUCAUUAUUCGUGUAAUUAAAGGAACAUAUUUU